AUGUCCUGCAACAAGCAGCCCUAUGUCGAUCAACUCGACGGGCACAUAACCCUUUGCACCACGUCUAAUCUGGAGAGGAAUAAGUGCGAAUGGCUAAGCGAGGCUGGUGCGGUGUACGGAGUCAACCCCCCAUUGCAGUGCAUCGUGAGGAACAGCACUCGUGACUGCCUCCAGGCGGUGAGGGGACGAGAGUGCGACGUCGCUGUUGGGGACAGCGAGUGGCUGAUGCCCAGCGCCAGGGACUUCGGCUUGGAACCUCUCCUCUACGAAACGACACCCAUAGUCGAAAAAAUGGACACAGUCGUAGCGUAUGUCAGGAAAACUGACAUGAUAACAAAGAUGGAGGAACUGGGGAGCGGGAAAAGGGAAACGGGCAGCCUUCCCGCAAUAUGA